AUGGCCCAAGCCCAAGGUCUCAGCCUCGUCGAAGGUGAGUGGGUUUCCAGACCUCUCGACCUUUACCAGAUAAUGGCCAACGUCCCUCAAGAUGACGUUGAAAUGCGGGAUACGACAUCCAGACUACCAGGUCAAGUACCCGAGUACGGCAUAUUGUCGCAGACAGUCGUCGACACUCCGCUGAGUAAACUCAUUCUUCCGGUCAAUAUACGUCAUAAGGACCUCACGGACUUUGUCAUGGUUGGCGAGGACUCUAUACAACUAAAAGAGAUCCGUGACUAUGGUCAUAUCCGCCAUGUGGCUUCCAAGGCUAACUUCAACGGUGGUCGCAUCCUUACUGCCAAGGUCUUCGGUGACCUUCGUGAAAUUUCCGCAACCAAAGGUGCCGGUCUUCCACCACACAAGAACUACAUGAAGCACAUCGCAAGAAGUUCGACGAAAGGAGAAGAAGACAGUAUGCUGCCUCCCGAAGUCAUCGUACUUAGUCUUUCUAACCGAUCAUUAAUGUUUUUAUGGGCUCAAUACACCAAGACAGGUACUACCACUUUCAGUCAGAGGACCGUCAGACUACCCGCAGGAAGUUCCCGCUUCGAUCGUCUUGGCACUUUCCUCGCUAUAGAUCCCAAAUGCCGCGCCAUAGCAGUUGCAGCACACGAGGGGCGUUUCAUUCUGUACAAGACCAAGUCUAUGGAGAAAUGGAGGAAGCAAGCGAAAGAGAGCAAUGAGAUUACCACGCCUAUCGAAGACGAGCGAGUGAUAUCAAUCGAAGGGCAGAUUAUGCACAUGGACUUUUUGUCGUCGGGAAGCGGACAUGAUGAUUACCACGUCGUGUUGCUUUUCGUGGUCGUUCUUGAAGGGCGGACCAGGCUUACCUGCUUCGAUUGGGACUGCAGACAAGAUCUUAGCAGAGCGACUCCACGGACCGAGCGCUACCUUGUUCAGUUUGAGGACAUGAUUCCUUCUCUGCUCAUCCCUCUUCGUCGUAGUCCCGAUUUCCUUCUGGUUUCGGACGACCACGUCUCCGUCUACAAGAACAUUCUCUCCGGAGAUCCGGCGCAUACUAUAGUACCAAUCGACCAUACGAUACUUCAGUCUGUUCUACCGGGUGACAGUAAGCACGCUCCGAAAUGGACGGCUUGGGAUAAGACUCCGCGUAAUCCCGAGUAUCAGAAAGAAGCCUACUACGUUGCUAGAGAGGAUGGACGCAUUAUGUAUCUGGUUCAAGGGCCUGCCGGUACUGUGGAGAUAGAUGAGGCUGGCGAGUGGCAGUGCCGAAUAGACACUGCCUUCUCGUGUCUGAGUGUCAAUAACUCUGAGACCUCGCAACAAUAUCCGGAUCUUUUGAUUGCUGGCGGGGCGGGCAAUGAUGGUAUACUUUGCAAAUUCGGUGCCUGGCCUGCUGAGUACUCAUAUGCAGUGCAAUAUGCAAGCACAAAUCAAUUUUCUAUCGUCGACACAAUACCAAAUUGGACGCCUCUCACAGACCUUGCAGUAACUCAGCUUUCCAGUCCACGUGCGGCAGACGAACGUCAACGAUCGUCUAUUUUCGUCGCCAACGGCAACAGUCCGUAUGGAGAGAUUUCGGAACUGAGGUGUGGAAUCCAAGCUGUUGUCGACGACAGUUUCAGCGGCAUCAACGGCUGCGCUGGUAUCUGGGUGGUCGACCACGGCAGCCAUAUGGCAGACAUUGAAGGUACGAUGAGGAGGCAGCACUAUGCAAUAUUUGCAAUAACACUUCCGCCGGAGACACUUGUGAUCCGUGUGGUUCGUACCCAACCGGAGAGCCGCGCGGACUUCUUGGGAGCAUGGGAGCAAGGUUCCUGGGAUAAAUUUCAGACCCCCAGCGACGACGAUCCACUCGAAGACGACUUGAUGCGAGAAGAGGAAACCAUCUCGGCUUGCCCUUGGUCUGGCGAGAUAUCAAUUCAGAUCACGAGGCAAGAGGUUCGUACACUUCUCCGGCCAACGUUAAAACAGAUUGAGUCGCUGGCAUUUGAUACUCCAUUACUGUUGGCUGCCUCUCAGGCUGGAUGUUCAUUCAUUGCAAUUGCGUCUCGAGAAGGUGGUCGUGCAUUCCUGGAAAUCGUACCGAUUUCGAAGAGUGGCAACUUCGAACGGUCGAAAUCUUUCCGACACCACCUGGCUCACGACCCGACAUGUAUAGAGAUACUAGACAUCAAUGGCUUCCCAUAUGUUUUUGUUAGCACGUUCGAUUCGAAAAUUCUGCUCUUCAAGUACCAGUACGACGGCACGUCGAUAGUGUUGGAAGACUCCUGGACAGAGCAUCAUACAUUCCAGAAUUCACAGAAGCUUUGUGAGAGUGUCGCAGUUCUGCACAAGGAAAGAAAGAACGUUCUAGUCUGUGCAAUGCGGGAUGGUACUCUUCUGAGCUCUCGAUUUGAAGUUGUGCAUGGUGGCAUAUCACCUCUAUCCUGGAACAUUAUCCAUAUGGGCGCAGCCUCAGCCAAGAUAACGCGUAGUGAGACCGAUGUUUCAGCAGCAUUUGUGUCUUGUGGAUCAGACUAUUGCCGAGUACGCUACUCUUCAAGCGAGUCCUCUCAUCUUGAGAUUGACUCCAUAUGGUUUACUGACCGUAAUCACCCCGAGUACAACCAAUCCCCAGUGUCAGCUAUGUAUCAGCUGCCAUUUCUCCCGGAACUGGAUGUUUUUGGGAGAAAUCUUGGCGGCUUCUUGUUCGCAGUUGCCGGAGAUCGCCUUCUCUUCUCGCAGCUUGAUGCAGACGUCAAAUGGCCAAGUCAGGACGCGACUCCAUCCGAGCUACACGACACAAAAGUCAUUCCACGGAAACUCAUUGUAGGUGCCAAGCCAACCAAUGUACUGUUUAUGCAGAAGCUACGUCGAGUACUGGUGUCUACUAUAGAAGCGAAAGAGAGGCGUGGGCCACCAUUCGGAGAACGGGUCUUACAUUCAUCAAUGAGGCUACUGAGAGUUCGGGACGACAGGCCAACUGAAGAUGUGGAAAUCAAACAAGAGGUGGACGUGCCUUCGGAACGACUAGUCAUCGCUCAAUGUCCCCUGAUAAACGCCGAGAGGGUAUAUUCCAUUGUCGAAUGGCAAUUCGUGAACAAAGAAAGUAAAAGGUAUAACCUCAUCAUCGUUGGUACCGGAAUCCAGACAAGCGCAACCCAGCACAGUGGAAGGAGAUUGAUCUUCAACACUGGCAAAUCUGGCUCCAAGCUAGAUCUGCAGAAACAGUCAACGUACAACGAACCUGUCUAUGGUAUAGCGCUUUGGGACAACCAAACGACGGUUAGCAUCGUUGGAAAGUCUUUGUUCAUCGAUCGUUUUGACGAAGAAGCCGGCCGAUGGUUCCAGCGAGGUAAAACAGACCUGCACUCUCCGGGUAUCCACGUGUCUGUCAUCCGGCCAUUCGUCUACGUUUCAACGCUCCAGCACUCGCACCUUUGCUACAAAGUAGUUGACGCAGCACGUCCGGGUACUUUCGAGUUCGUACGAGAGUUCUCUGAUAGCGGCAUGCGCAACUGCGCGCGACACCUCGUCAUGGAAUUGCCGAACGCGAAGGAUAACAGCAGCGAUCGAUUCGUGUUACUCACCGAUAAGAAGAGCAGCUCAAUAACGGGCCUGUAUCAACCACCUGUACCGACUUACAGCAAUGCUUCGCCAACGCUAUUCGAAGCAUGUCUACCGCGCACAGUAAUUCGUCUCGAUCGCGGCGACAUCCGUCCACCUUGGCGUCGCCCGAACCCUGCGGGCAAGACUACGGGUGUCAUUGUUGACGACAUUAUCGGUGCUUGCACUGAUGGCACGAUCUUCUCCUUUUCCAUCCUCUCUCAGUCCGCGCGUCUACUCUUGCGCCUGGUACAGAACCUCAUCGAGGUCAAGGCUAAUUGUUCCGGCGCUCAUAAUCACGAUACGGUUAAUCCCCGUAGCGGCGAUAUUUUCAACGUCCUCAUGAACAACACCGCAGGUAACCAACGUGGCGAGAUCUUGGCUAGGGAUGUGGACCCACGGCAUCUGGGUCAAAGUUCGAAACGGGGCCCAAAGCACAAACACGUCGAUGGCGACAUGCUGAAGAAUUGGCUACGUGAAGAAGGUGAUCUGGAGUCCUUGGUAUGGAACAAUGUCGAUGCCGGGAUUGUCGGCCUGUUCGAGGAGCUAGCGCUCGAUGUUGAGCAGAGCUGGGGAGUAAGGAACGGGGCUAAGGGGAUCGAUCGGCAUGGAAAAAGGCAGUUGUACAAAUAUGUGAAGCUGUGGAUGAGCGAAGUGCUAAUGCCAGUAUUAUAA